CCUUUGCGUGUAUGUAUAGGGUCCAAAGCCAGUUAAGCUAUUGCCAUUGCCAGCUCAACAUAUAGACACGCCAACAGAUGUUGGCUGUGGGCAAAGUCGCCUGAAGAAUAAAACCAGAGAAAAUCAUCCAGUAAACGCAAUUCAACGAAUUCGCAUCAUGUGGAAUAUAGUAUUUCAGUCGGUAGUGCUGGCAGUUCUGUGCCUCGGACUCGCGUCGUCCUCCAGUGGCAGUGGCAACCACCUGCCAGAUGCUGCCAUCAAACUAAAUGAACGAUUCUUCGAUCAGGUUCGGGAGCUCAUCAAACGACGUAUGCAGGAGAAGGGCCUUGAGGUGGCCCACGAAUCGUCCUUGGCUAGAGAUGAAUCGGCCUUGCAGAGUCAGCGGAGUUACGAUAAUGUCCCAAUUGCACCUGCUAGUGUGCCCACUCCGGUGCUGGUUGAGAAUUGGCCCACAGAGCAGCACAGCUUUGGCCAGGUCACAGCUGUUUCGGUGGAUCCCAUGGGCAAUCCAGUCAUUUUUCAUCGCGCCGACCGCUACUGGGAUGUUAACACCUUCAACGAGAGCAACAUCUACUAUUUGAUUGAAUACGGUCCGAUCAAAGAGAAGACCAUUUAUGUCUUGGAUUCCAAAACGGGAUCCAUUAAGUCGGGUUGGGGCUCCAAAAUGUUCUAUAUGCCGCACGGCAUGACCAUUGAUGGACAUGGCAACUACUGGAUCACCGAUGUCGCAAUGCAUCAGGCCUUCAAGUUCAAGCCCUUUGAAUCGAAGCCCCUGUUAACCAUUGGCAAGCGCUUCCGGCCCGGCUCAUCCGUGAAGCACUUGUGCAAGCCAACUUCCAUUGCGGUGGCCAAGACGGGAGAGUUCUUCAUUGCCGACGGCUACUGCAACAGUCGCAUCUUAAAGUUCAACGCAGCCGGCAAGCUGCUGCGUACCAUUCCCCAGCCUCCUGAGUUCAUGUCCUUGCAAGUGCCGCAUGCCAUUACCUUACUGGAAGAUUUGGACCUACUUUGCAUCGCAGAUCGUGAAAAUAUGAGAGUGGUGUGCCCCAAGGCUGGCCUGAAGUCGUCCCAUGGCGAGGGACAGCCGGCUGCUACCAUUCAGGAGCCCGAUUUGGGGCGUGUCUUUGGUGUAAGCAGCUAUGGCGACAUUGUCUUCGCUGUGAAUGGACCCACCUCAAUGUUGCCAGUGCGAGGCUUCACAAUCGAUCCACGCUCCGAAGCUAUCAUUGGGCAUUGGGGUGAAUUCACAAAUCCGCAUUCUAUGGCUGUGAGCAUCAACGGAUCAGCCUUGUAUGUGACAGAAAUCGGCACAAAUCACCAGACGAACCGUGUUUGGAAAUACAUUUUGGCCUGAAGUUAAAUGGUAAACAUUUCAGAAAAUCCACCACGCCUGCAUAUCCCUCUCCCACCCCCCGUAUAUAAAUAGAAUACAGCCAAAUAGCCUGGCUUUUGAAUGGAAGAUACCAAUAUUACUUAUUCAUUAAUAGUAAAUGUUAAAAGUUAUACAAUUUAAGUGUAUAAAUUUUGCUUGGACAAAAGAAAAUACCACAACAAACAUAACCUCAAAUCUCUUAUGUUCUUGCACUUUAAUGAGCAAUCAUAAAACCGAAAACAAAAAUGGAGUUACAAAAAUCUGCUUAAUUAACUAGAAUUUGACUACAUAUAGUUUAAUACACAAACACCAAAGGCACAUUUGUGAGGAGGGGCGUGACCAUAUAUGUAAACCUAAACCAUAGCACAGAGUCAAACUUAUUACUGGACUAUUAAACACAUUUAUGUACUUAUUAUAUCAAAGAGCUAUGUAUCAUAUGAGAUAACCUUAUAUAUAUAAUAUAUCUAUUAUCUAACAAUCCAUGUAAAUUAUGUAUGUAAUAAACUGUUGUUAUUGUAACUUGUACUACAGCCCACAAAA